CCGGCCAUGCCGAGCCUCGCUGGGUUCCUGCGGGUGCGGGCCGCGCCGGUGCGGAGCGGCGGGGCCAUGCCCGGGAAGGGAAAAGCAGCCGCCAAGGGCCCCGCGGAGCCGGGCGCCGCCGCGGGACCGGUGGUGGCGGCGGGCGGCGGCUCCGUGAGGGUGGCGGUGCGAGCCAAGCCCGGCGCCCGCUGCAGCGCCGUCACAGAUGUGACGGCUGAGGCAGUAGGUGUAGCUAUUGCUGCACCUCCAUCGGAAGGGGAGGCAAAUGCAGAGCUGUGUCGCUACCUCUCUAAGGUGCUCGAAGUGAAGAAGAGUGAGGUUAUUUUAGAGAAGACUUCCUUCUGCUCUGGAGAGUUUCCUUUGGGUAAGAUUUGUCCUCUUUCCUGCUCCCUAAGCAAAUGGUUUAGGAAAUGUUUUUUCUCAGUGGAGCAAACACUGGUUGACCAAGUGAGAGGCUUGGAGUGACAGCCUUCCAUGUGGGAAGUGGUACAAAAGGACAAAUCUGGAUGGCAGAGACAUAAAGGAGACUGUUCUCUGGUAUCUCACAGCAGGUACUAUGUGCAGCUUUUCACUGUGGGCACUUAGAGAUAUCGAAAAUAAAUGUCUUUGAAGCCAGUCUGGUGUUGUUGAUCACAGACAAACUGAAAGUUGAAUCACCUGAACAACUGAAAGAAAUCCUGAAGUUUUCAGUCUGAAAAACCAAUGCAGAACCCAGUCAUUGCACACGUGGGGUCACUUUAUAAAAGUCUGUAAAUAGUUUCCUUAAAAGUAGAGCUAUGGUCAUAUAUAUCUUUGCCAAUUGUAUGUCACCUGUAAUGACUGUUUUUAAUAAAAGAGGCAAAAAAUAGUAUCAAA